CGCUGGCGAUCAUUGCUUCUGCUAGCGAUCGUCUGCAUUCUUAUACACAUUUACCGACAUUAUUUGAUAAAUGCUGACGCAGCCUUAAUGUCGUCAUUGACAAAGAGAAGUCUUAAACGACUUGUACAAGAUGUAAACUGUGCUGCUAUCUUGAACGGUGAGAAGUCAGAAAUCAACAAAGCAAUAGAAUUGAUGAAGACUGGGAACUACUCGCGAAAACUGAUUGCAGAUAAAGACUAUAUUCAGCUUGCGACAAGCUGUGCUGUUUUUAAAAGCAGUCGAGGAUAUUAUAACCUUGUCUCACCAGAAGAGGCAGAAUUUCCUGUCGCUUAUAGCAUACUACUUUAUAAAGACGUUGAACAGGCUGAGCGAUUACUACGCGCAAUUUAUACACCGCAAAACUACUUUUGUUUGCACGUUGAUGCUGAUUCUAAACAAGAAGUACACGAUGCCGUCCAGGGCAUUGCAAAUUGUUUUGAUAACGUUUUUGUUGUUUCUAGAAAAGAAUUCAUAGUCUACGCGGGUUUUACGCGGUUACAAGCAGACAUAAAUUGUAUGGAGAAUUUGUUACAUCAAGAAUAUCCAUUGAAAACGAAUAAAGAAAUUGUAAAAAUAUUGAGAAUUUAUAACGGAGCAAACGAUAUUGAAGGUUUGACUGGCAGACGGAAGUUGACAUUUCGAUACAGAAAUCGGUUUGUUUAUAAACAUAUUGAUAAAAAUACCAAACCAAAAUCAUUUAAAACCAAACAGAUAAAAGACGCGCCACCUUAUAACAUAACUGUUGUAAAAGGUAGUGCUUAUGGUAUAUUUAGCCGAGAUUUUGUACAUUAUAUAGUAAAUAAUAAAAUUGCACGAGAAUUAUUAGACUGGUUCAGAGAUGUACUCAGUCCAGAUGAGUAUUAUUGGGCGACCUUGAACUUCAACCAUCACCUUGGGACACCAGGCUCACAUUACAAAGACAAGCCAGAUGAUAAACCAUGGCUGGCAACGUUUGCAGCAUGGAGUGGGGAAAGCCCAUGUCACGGAAAAUUCGUGCGUAGAGUAUGUGUGUUUGGGGUCGGUGACUUAAAGGCUCUCUCUAGUAAACACCAUCUGUUUGAAAAUAAAUUCCACAUAGAUUACCAAAGGUAUGCUUUAGACUGUAUGGAAGAAUGGCACUAUAACAGAACUGCAGAAGGAGACUUGAAAUCUUUAAACAUUUCAUAUUAUGAAUCGCUGCCGUUUAUAAAGAGAGAUAAAGGGAGAUAACACAAACUGAAAAUAGUUUGCAUGAAAACAAUGUGACGGAAAAUAGUUUGCAUGAAAACAAUGUGCUGAUAUACAACUGCUAUAAACACCGAGAUGUGGUCUUCAGGGUCGCGAAUACAUUUGAACACACACACACACACACACACACACGCAAGAGCUUAUUUACAUCUAUGUAUGGGCUGACAUGCUACUCAUAUCAAUACUUAUCCCAGCUUGCUCAGAGCAUAUACGGACACUGUGCAAAGAGAUUGUUCGUUACAACUUGCGCCAAUUAUGAACAGAAAACUUACAAUGUUAUUAUACCAGAACAUGACUGUUAGCAAUAAACAAUGUUUAAUGUCCGUCCGUACAUCUCUGAAUGCAUUGAUAAUUAUACUGCUAAAUUUCUAAACAGAAAUUGAAGAAAAAAACGUUCAGUUUCUCUUUUACUGAAUAAUUAAAGUAAAUAUAUUCAAUGUCAAUGUACAUGUAUAACACUAUUAAAAUGUUAUCCAACAGCAGUGUACAGCAAUUGCAUUUAUACUACUUUUUAUAACUGAAAUCAAUACUAGGUUACUGUUAUGUUAAUGAAUAUGAACUAUAACGGAUUAGAAUAUAAGAUAUAAAUCUA